AUCCUGCGGCUCUUUGCGAAGCAUGCAUCGCAGCACUCACUCCUUCCCGAGCGGCAUGGCGAGAAGCGAACAAAGGAUGAUAUCCGCCGUGAUGCCGUCGAGGAGAUGUACCGGCAUUGCGAAGUCAAUCAUCUCUGCGAGGUGUGGGCUUACCUGUGGAAUUCGUGGUAUUCACGGAAGCGAUGGCCACUGUGGGCACGCGGUGCGUACUCCGCGAGCAUUCCUUGCAAGCGUACGACCAUGAUGGUCGAGGCUCUCUGGCGAAACUUGAAACGGCUCGUACUUCACAUGUACAACCGCCUGCCCGUUGACCUCGCUGUUCACGCGAUCAUCACGAAGGCGCUUCCACCCUACCGUCUCACUCUCCGACGUCUCCUGCGAAGCGACCGCGAAGGCCGCGCACAGGCACUCACGACCAUGCAAGAGCACUUCAAGCACUCGUGGGAGCGACUCAUGAAGGUCCCGAUCAAAGGCACGUACACGACGGAUGUCCACCGCUGGACAUGCGACUGCGGCGCUCAGAAGUACCAUGCCUACCUUCUCUGCAAGCACCUUGUUCGGGCCGCGGGAAACCCACCUGCCUUAUGGUGGGUGCAGGUACAGCGGUUUCAUAUUCCACCCUUCUACACAGUCCCCAUCGACGGCAAGAUCGCGCCACCCCCAGAACUGACGACGAAGCACGCAUGGCUCAGUCGAAUGCCCAGGGUGGAUACCAGUACGUCGGACUCGGAUGACUCGGACUCGGCGAUUGUCACUGGCAGUGGUCAUGGCAAGCGUGCGGCGGCGCCUCCCGGUUCGGUGAAUAUGUCCCGCGCAUCUCAGGCGCAGGUGCCGGUGGCGGAUACUUCAGAGGAAUCGGGAGAGGAAGAUUCAGUGCUGCCCGCCUUGGCAGUCACUAGUAGGUCAUCACCGAUAGAUUCGUCACCUAACAAACCACCGCCUACCGGACGUGACGGGUUGUUGCGCGCGCGGGUGGGUGGAAGUGCGGGCUUUACACUUGAUGACGAAGACGACGUGGACGUGGACGAACAUCUCCGCCUGUUACACCGCGCCGCUGAUAUCAUUGAAGAACAACGCGACGCCGGUGCAGAGGGCCGCUUCGUCCAAAACGCCCUUCGCGCGACCCGCCCAGCCGUGCGUUGGGCCCGAGACAUCGAGAAGCAUGAGCGCAGACGAACCAUGCCCAUCACGAAUACCCGCGAACGGGGGCAGGCGGCUCCUUCAAACGUUAUAGGUUACAAGUAUAUCGCACGGCGCUGAAUUGAAAGUCGUACUAGCUUGUUUGUUAGUAUGUUAUGCUUAUCUUCCUACUUACUCGUCCUUACUACUCGGAGUCCUUAACUGUGGCGUGACUCUAGUAAUCAGUAUAUUGCAUAGUAAUGAGUCGGUACAAAACAGUUGUAAUGUACAUAAGUAUCCGUAUAAACGCAAUCUACUA